AGAUAAAGCAAAAUGUGUCCAAAUAAAUCGACACAUCAAAACGUUUUUGUUGCCAAUUAUGUUUUUAUGAUUUUCAAUUAAAUUUCGUAUGUGGAGUGUCAGACAACGUUUAACAGGCAAUAAAAUUAAAAAGGAUAGAGUGAGAGAGAGAGAGAGAGAGAGCGUUUCAAGUGUGACAGAGAGGCACGCAAAUAAAUCAAUCAAUUAAAAUUGCAAACGAGUAACACACACAGACACACACACACACUCAACUUAACUCAAGGCGACCAGCUGAAGAUGGACCUACGUAUACGUAAUCUAACACUGCCAACGCCAGUCGCAACAACAAUUAUGUCCUCGUCAACAGCAACAACAGCAGCCUUAGCCGCUGCGAUGUCUAGUGGCACAGCAACAACAAUAGCACCGACAACAACAACCACAACAACAACAACAACUGGGACAGGCACAUUUUUUACAUACAGCAUACCAGGCAUGGACAUCGCGCCGGGACCAUUUAUAUUCACCUACGUUAGUGAAUUUUUAUCGCUUAUCACGCCCGAAGAAUUGCCCCUUGAUUCCAUACGCGAUGUGCUUCAUAAGAAUGUUAGCCUGGUCGACUUUGCCGCCAACGCCAUUAAAAUCGAAUCUGGUUUCAUUGCGCUGAUGAGCAUAUUCGCCAUACUGGCCCUAGUGCCAUUGAUUGCCACCUGUGCCUGGUGCUGUAGUCGUCGAAGCGCACAGGACGAGCUGGAUCUCAUACGGAAUGCGCCAGUUCAUAUAAGGGACGAGUCGUUGGAGGAGAAUCUGCGGUGUCGCAAGAGUGCGGCGGUGGUCACACUCUGGAUUGUAUUUAUACUGCUCACGCUGAGCGACUUUAGCAUAUUUUAUGCGAAUAGUCGACUGUCGGCGGGGAUUGAGAUGACGCCGGAGAUGGUCAAGUCAGCGGUGCACGAUGUGGAGGUCUUUCUAAAGGAUACGCAUCUACAAAUCAAACACAAACUGGAUAAUGGCUUUCAUGUUUCCGUUGAGAAAGUCGUCAAAGACUUGGAAGACGUGGAUGUUCUCCUUGGCGAACCAAUUCAAGCGGAAAUAUCUGCACACACUGGCCUCGAGCUGGCAUAUGAUUCAUUGACGACACUUAGCCUGGCCAAUGCGGAGCUCAUCUACCGCGUCCUCAUGCUCCAAGAGACGGUGGGACGAGCUUUGAAAUUAUCCCAGGAGGCAGCCGCCCGCAUGGAGGAGCUGCAGAUACAGUUAUCCGUGCUGCAGCGCCAAUGCACGUACCGGGAUCGUCCGCUUUGUGACACAUUGCGUAUACGCAGCUUCGAGGAGAACGGCGUAGUGGAUGCACUCAAAACGUUGCAAGAAGACCAGAGCAUUUUUCGCAUGCGCUACUUGGGCGAAAUUGAAUUUGGUUCCACUGUCAAGAACCUGACAUCGGAAGUUGGCGUCUCACGUUCCAUUUUCAGCAAUUUCCCGCAACAAGUUAAACACGACACGGCAUAUGAGCGAAACUAUACGCUGGAACAGUUGGCGAGCAUAAGGCACAGGACGACGGCCAAUGCCCAGAUGUUAACAUCGACAAUUAAUGCAUUGCUGGAGCGUCUGCAGAGAACUUGGCCAGCUGUGGAGCCGUCUUACAACAAGCUUAAGGACUGGGCCAACACGUACUGGAGCAUUGGCUGGAUAGCAGCCAUGGUUAUAGUUUGGGUGAUGCUCUUUAUGCUAAUGUCCUACUGUUGCUUCCUUUGUGAGUCGAAUACCAAGUCCGGCGUUGUCUUCUUUAUUGCCGUCCUGAUCAUCUGCCUGGGCAGCAUUGGCCUCACCUUCUAUGGAGUCUUCUCUCUGGCAAUUGGUGGCAACACUGAGGUCUUUCUCUGCCGCUCUCUGUACGACAACAACUACGAUAUGCUGGGUAAGCUAUUCGAUAAGCCCGGCUAUGUCUAUGCUGGAGAGCCACAAACCGGCAUCAUUGGAGAGCUAAUGCGUCCCGCUGGCGUCAACCGAUCCGUGGUCAAUGUCAAUCUGGGCACAGCCCUCAGGGGCUGCGAACAAAAUCAAGCAUCGUACAAUGUCUUUCAAUUGGAUGCAUUCGUUAAUACCACAAAAAUAGCCGAUUUAAAACAAUUCCCGAAAGUAUCAACAGCCAUCGAUUCCAUUUCGGUAUCGGAACGAACUCUUCUCUCGCUCACCCAAUCGAUUCAGAACAUAUUGGAGAACAUGCUGCACACAUCCGCAUUCAAUCUGACCACAUAUCGGAACAGCGUUGGUGCUCCCACGCCCGAAAAGGAUCUGGCAACCUUCAUUGAUCAAAUGCAACGCGUUGCCCUCCAGAUCCAAGACGUGGCCACUUCGUCUCGCAUGACAACUCUGGGCAGCCGAUCGAAACGAUUGCAAGCCUCGAUACUGCAACCACUGGAGAACUUACAGAAUGAGAUACUUUACCAUCUGACAGCAUUGGAGCUGCAAAGGGAUCCCUGGGCAAAGCAGGUCAAUCAGACGCUCAAUCAUUUGAAGAACAUUCAAGGAUAUUUGGAGAACAAGGCUGGUGAGAUUUGUCACAAUCUGACGCGCGUCUAUACGGAACGCCUGAAAACCUAUCUGACCAGCAGUCGAGCCACCAUGGAGUCCCAGCUGGGUGAUACCACAACCAAGUGUCGUCCGUUCUUCGAUACAUUUGAUGCAAGUCGCAUAUUUCUGUGCCGCAAUCUGGUUGACUUUGUCAAUGGCCUGUGGUUCUUUGUCUUCUUGACGCUGCUGCUCUGGGCCAUUGGCACUCCUGUCGGCCUCAAUCUAAUCAACAUACAGACGCGUCUCAAUGUCAUGCAGCGGGCGCAGAAGCGUAGCAAGGGAAAACAGCGGAGGAGCGACCGUAGCAGCGAGCGGGAGCAACGUGGUGAGUCCCGUGGACGCCAGAAGCAACGCUCGAGCAGCGCAGGAAAACGGGAACAGCAACGGGAUCGGAGCACCAGCAGCACGGCACGGAUCAGACCUCCACUACGACGCACUGCCACUGAGGAAACCUUGGACCUAGCUGAUGAAGACUCAAGCCCAGCGAGACAAGUGCAACAUCAACAUCAGCAGCAGCAGCAGCAGCAACAACAACAACAGAGGCGACAGGAGUCGGAACAACGUGAGCUGGAUCGUGAGCGAGUGCGUGACCGUGAUCGUGAUCGGGAUCGUGAGCAGCGCAGUCGAGAGCGUGAGCUGAGCCGUGGACGGGAAAUGGCGACCAUCAAUACUCCAGUCCGCAGUCGCCAGCAGCUGCGUCGAGCUGACCCAAUGCCCGAGGAUGACAAUUGGGGUUCAUCCAGUGCGCCAAGUAGAGCCAACUCCAAUGAGCGUGAGAGCAGUCAGUCUAGAAAGAUAACCAACAUUUGGCAGUCCAGAAAUAAGAGCAAGCCAACACUUCGCCGCCAGGGCACUGAGGAGCUAGACUUUGAGGAUGAGGCGCCGCAGGACAGCGGCUGGCGUGCCAAGAACAGCGCCAGUCCCGAGCAACGGCAGUACGACAAUCGUCGGUCGGAAAAUCGAGCCCAACAGCGUACUAAGCCCAAGCUACGUAGUACCAAUGUGGAUAGAGCUAGCAGCCAAGUUGCUCGGCGUCCGGUUACGCCUGUUCUGAGCGUGAAUCCCGAUGUACCCGCUGCUGUGCCCCUGCCCCGAACGCCGAUGCGUUUGAGGAGCAAGGUCUCAUUGACAGCCCGAGCCGUGCAGGAUAUUGUCAACAAGCAGAGUCAACGCCUCAGCCAACGUACUGGUACCGAUGAAUUUGACCUGGAUGAGAGCGAUACCUACGGUACUGGAGCACAUCUGGACGUGGAAGCUGUCGCUGCUGCACGCCGUACUCCGCCACGCGGCGCUCCUCCGCCUCCCCCUCCGCCGGCAACUGGGAUGAACAGAUGCAGUGGAGAACGCUCUGUGCGCUGGAACGAAGUGGAGGACUUUGUCUUCGAGGAUGCUGACUCACCGAAUCCAAAACGCCAUUGAGGUCCCAGCUUAUUAUUUAGUUAAGCCUAAGAGAUAUAUUUGUUUUGUAUUUGGAUUAUAAUAAUUUAGAGCUCUUAGGAUAAAUGUAGUCUAAUCAGAGAAUUGUAGCAUCAAACGAUUUAAUAUUUCUUAAGCAUUUAAAGUUGUAACCAAAUCACAAAUAAAGAAUGGAGCAACAAACAUACUAUAUAUACAAGA